AUAUGAUAUAAAGCCAAAGCAAUGAAUCCCUCCUAAGUCCUCAUCAUCAUCUCUCCUUCAACUUCAAGUUAUCUCUACACUCUACUACCGCCUGCGAUCUCCAGUUCAGUACAUAUGUUUUAUUUAAUCUGACCUUCAACUUCAAAUUUUUCUACACAAUCAUUUGAUUCAAUCUAGCUGCAGCUCCAUUCUUUUCUCUUUCGGUUGCACAUAUUUUUUGUUUUAACCGGCAAAAACACCUUAUCAAAUGAUGAGACCAUCCAAAACAAACUUGCCUUCCAACCUUAAACUAACAAUUCUCGGCGUCUUUCUUGCUUUUCUUCUCAUUUUCAUCUUAAGAACAAACUUUUCAUCUUCGCCACAAGAUUCAACUUCAAUUUCACGAAAUGGAGCAUUAAAAGAAUCGAACUCUAUCGAAGUAGUAGAACCAAGAACAAAAUGCCCAUCUUCUUCUGAUCAACCCAUAAAAACCUGCAACAAGAUCCCAUCAACCAUCGCGGAAGCUCUAAUGCAUUACUCAACUUCAAACAUCACACCUCAACAAACAUAUAGCGAGAUUUCAGUUACCGCUAAAAUACUAGAAAAGAAAUCUCCAUGCAACUUUCUAGUCUUUGGUUUAGGCCAUGACAGUCUAAUGUGGAGUACAUUAAAUCACGGCGGCCGAACAGUUUUUCUAGAAGAAGACAAGUCCUGGAUUGAACAGAUUAAAGAAAGGUUUUCGAUGUUAGAGUCUUACCACGUCGAGUACGACCACAAAGUAAACCAGGCAGAUAAUCUGAUGGGACUUGCUAAACGCGACGAAUGCAAAUUAGUAGGUGAUCCAAGACAUUCCGCCUGCCAACUAUCUCUAAAAGGAAUGCCAAAUGAGAUUUAUGAGAUAGAAUGGGAUUUAAUCAUGGUUGACGCUCCGACCGGGUACCACGACGAGGCACCGGGAAGGAUGAGUGCUAUAUACACAGCUGGGAUGAUGGCAAGAAACAGAGAAGAAGGUGAGACUGAUGUUUUUGUACAUGAUGUGAAUAGAGUUGUGGAGGAUAAAUUUUCUAUGGCAUUUCUAUGCGAAGGCUACAUGAAGAUACAGGAAGGAAGGUUAAGACAUUUCACAAUUCCUAGUCACAGAGAGACCUCUGGGAAGCCAUUUUGCCCUUGAGCACUUUUGUUUUGCCAUAUGAAGGCCUUUUUAUGUAUCUGUCCUUUUUUUUUACUUCCUCUCAGAUUUUUUUCUAGUAUAAAUUUGUUAUUAAAAUUUUCAUAUAAUACCAGUAAAUUCAAGGACCAUUAUUAUGGGUGUUUUACCUAA